UGGAUGUGUGCGGGAGAGGAGGGGUUAAAGAUUGGGAGGGUAUAGAUUGCAGAGAGAGCAGUAGUGGGGUAGGCUGGAUUGUGAUAGCGACAGAUGUCUAGAAAACUGUGAGGGGGCAACACAGUCCCACACUGCACCUCGGAGAGCAGGGCGGAAUCUGCAGCUGUCACUCCAAAGGUUUACCUCCAUUAUCACAUCCAGCCGGAGCCUGGAAAAGAAGCCUAAGUGAUCACUCUCUAGAAAUACAGGAGACACCAUGGGAGGCAAACUGAGCAAGAAGAGGAAGGGAUAUGAUGUGAGCGAUCCCAAAGAGACAAAGGAUGAGACCACAGCGACGGCUGCUGGUGCAGAUGAGUCUGCUAAAGUGGAGGCUGGAUCCCCACCCACAGAAGCUGCUGUGACAGCUGAGACAGGCAGUGUGGUAAAGGAAGCUGUUGGGUCAGCUGCGGCAGCGGUAACUGAAGCAGCAGUAAAAGCUCCAGAAGAGCCCAAAUCCGCACCUCCAGAGGAACCAGAUCCUGCUGCUCCAGAAGAGGCAGCUCCAGUAGAGGAACCAGCUGUAGCAGCAGAGAAGGCAGCUCCAGUAGCACAAGACCCAGCUGCAGCAGUAAAGAAACUAGCUCCAGUAGAGGAACCAGCUUUAGCAGCAGAGAAAGCAGCUCCAGUAGCACAAGACCCAGCUGCAGCAGUAAAGGAACUAGCUCCAGUAGAGGAACCAGCUAUAGCAGCAGAGAAGGCAGCUCCAGUAGCACAAGAACCAGCUGCAGCAGUAAAGGAACCACCUCCAGUGGAGGAACCAUCUGCAGCAGUAGAGGAACCAGCUCCAGUAGCUCAAGAACCAGCUGUAGCAGCAGAGAAUGCAGCUCCAGUCGUUCAAGAACCAGCUGCAGAUGUACAAGAACCAGCUGCAGCAGUAGAAGAACCAGCUGCAGCAGUAGAAGAACCAGCUGCAGACGUACAAGAGCCAGCUGUAGCAAUAGAAAAACUAGCUGCAGCAGUAGAAGAACCAGCUGCAGCAGUAGAAGAACCAGCUGCAGACGUACAAGAGCCAGCUGCAGCAAUAGAAAAACCAGCUGCAGCAGUAGAAGAACCAGCUGCAGCAGUAGAAGAACUAGCUGCAGCAGUAGAAGAACCAGCUGCAGCAGUAGAAGAACCAGCUGCAGCUGUAGAAAAACCAGCUGCAGCUGUAGAAGAACCAGCUCCAGCAGCAGUGGAGUCGGACCCAGUAGUAGAGGAGCAAGCUCCAGUAGAGCUUCCAGAGGCUAAAGCAGCAGCAGAGGAACCUUCUGCUCUGGCAUCAGAAGAACCUGUGCUAAGUGAGGUUAAGUCUGCAGCUGCACCUGAAGAGCCCCCUGUAGAAGAACCUGCUGCAGCUGUAGAAUCUGUGCCAGAGGUUGUUCCCAUGAGCGCAGAGGAAGCACCCAAGGAUCAAGUGCCAGAACCCAUCCCAGAGACUGUUUCUGAGCCAGAAGCCACUGUGGAGGAGACAGUGGUUCUUGCUUCUGUCCCUGGACCCGAGCCAUUGGCUGAGCCAGCUGCAGAGCCAGUGCUGGAGCAAGCCCCAGAACCAGAACAAACCCCCAAGCCAGAGCAAGCAGCAGAGCUUGAAGCAGAGCCAGAGAAAGCACCAGAGCCAGAGUCAGUGGAAGCACCCGAGCCACAACCUGAACCAGAGCAAGCACCAGAAACAGAGCUUGAACAAUCACCAGAGCCAAAACCAGAGCAACUACUAGAGCCAGAGCCUAAGGAAAUGGCUGAUGCAGUGGAAUCUGCAGCAGAUGAACAAGUAGAAGAAGUUGAGCCUGAACCAAUUGUAGCCACACCUGACAUUACUGAACUUGAAACUGCGAAAGCAGAAGCACCUGAGUUGUUGGAGACUGCAACAGAGGAUGUCCCCACUGAACAUCAGCCUGUAGAAGAGGAAUCUGUUGCAACAAAAGCCUACAGCACUGAGGCAACAAUUGAGCCAGAAGCACCAGAACCUGUCCCUGAGAUUGUCAUCUCAGAGUCUGUCUCUGCCAGUGAAAUUACUGCUGAGUCUGAAGAGGCAGCUGAAGCUUCUGUGGAAGAGGUGCCUUGCCCAGAGCCUGAGGUAGAAAGCAAGAUGGAAAAUGGAGCUAUAGAGAGCCCUUCUGGUACAGAGGAUGUGGCAGAAGUAGAUGCACUUCCAACUGUAAAUGGAGAUUGCACAAAUGCUGCUGCCAUACAGACAGAGGAAUGUGUUAAUGGUGAUGAAAAGCCAGAGGAGAUGCCAAUCAAGGAACAGAGUGACUUUGAACUAAAAAAGGAGCUGAACCUGAGCGAGGAUGUCCAGGAAGUUCCCGAUGCAGUCCCCAAAAUGGCAGAUGGUCUCAGCACUGAGGUCACCCAAGCAGUCUGAAAAGGAAGCCAUCUUUAAAAAUCAAUGUGAAUUCAGAUUAAUCCUCCGAGGUUUGAGAAAGCUAUCAAGGUAUCACAAACACAGCUAGGCUUUCUGGAAGGCUGUAACACCGCAAUGUCUAUAAUGGUAACUCAGGCAAAAGGAUGUUUUCCUUAGAGUAACCAAAAAUGAAAUGCAACUACUUGGAUAGAGAGAGAGAGAGAGAGACAGACAGACAGAGAGAGAGAGAGACAGACAGACAGACAGAGAGAGGGAGAGAGAGAGGGAGAGAGAGGGAGAGAGAGAGAUCAAAGUGCAGAGAGAAGACUUAAGUUUGGAAUUGAAGGGUGAGUGCAGACAGAGAGUGAAACUGGACAGCAGGGCAAAAAUACUGGACAGUAAAUGUAAAUGAAUGUAAAUGAAUGGAAUGAAUAAAUCUGUGUGAGCCUGAUAAUUAUUACAAAGUGGUUUAUUGGAACAGCAUUCAUUAUUAGUAUAUUAUCUGAUUUGGAAUGUCAUAUAUCCUUUCUAUUCCUAUAUGCAGAGACAUGGCAUAAAUGUUUUGGCCUUUUAUAAUAAUGGUACCUGUGAGGAUUGUUCAUUUUAAAUUGAUUGUUCGGAAUAGAGAAUAAAAAGAGAUUGUUAUAGCCUA